CCCCCCAAGGAAUUUUGUGAAGAACCGAAGUAUGCUGGUGCACAUGUACCUAGCAGGGCCAGGCUGCUGCGGGGCUCGGCAUCCGAGACGAGUAGCAGGCUCCGUCCAGUUUCUCUUUCGCGUCUAAUGGGAGGAGCGGUAGGACUUCCCCCCUUUCAAGUGUUUCUUUCUUUCUUUCUCUUUCUUCCUUUUCUUUUUUUUCUCUCUCUCAAACAUCCCUGCUUACGUUUGGCUGGCACAACUAAUUUCCGCAUUCCCAAAUCCUCCCCGGACUGGAUUCACGUUUAAACGAGCUGAUGCAACGAUUUCCACUUUUUAAAAUCUACUCUCGACCUCGGGCUGACCAGAAGAGAGGACAUCUGCAGCACCUGGGAUCAAAGUCAGCUGUGGUUACGACCGAGUCUGACACGAUGCCAGGACAAAUCCCAGACCCCUCCGUGACAGCAGGCUCCCUGCCCAGCCUGGGCCCACUGGCAGGGAUCUCAGCCACCACCAGGACCGACCAACUCAAGUUUGGUGAUCUCCACGAGUUGGGGGCUAUGCUCUCACCGCUACACUUCCUGGGCAAGCUGGGGAAGAGGUCCAUAACCAUCAAAACAGAGAGAGAUGAGGAGGAAGAGAGGAGAAGGAGAAGGCGAGAAAAAAACAAAGUGGCUGCAGCGCGCUGUCGAAACAAAAAAAAGGAGAGGACAGAUUAUCUACAAAAAGAAUCGGAGCGACUAGAGAUGAUGAACUCUGACCUCAAAGCCCAGAUUGAGGAGCUGAAACACGAGAGACAGCAGCUGAUCCUCAUGCUUAACCGGCAUCGCCCCACAUGCAUUGUCAGGACAGAUAGUGUCAAGACCCCAGAGAGCGAGGUGAACCCUCUGCUGGAGCAGCUGGAAGUCAACUGAGGGUGUGGUGUGAGUUGCUACAGGUACCGUUUACAGUCAGAAUGCAGCAGCCAACUAGCAGCACUUACCUCUGGGUCUUGUCCAUGGUGGAGCCCAGCUAAGCACUCCUGCCUUAAGUCACAGAGCCUUAACCCACAGGUUGAUCCAGUGAGACUGGGACACUUACAUCAGUUAGAUUUUUUUUUCAACUUUCGAUUUCUUUAGCCCUUCUGUGUAGUUGUCAUUUUGGGCCGCAGGUCUCCAGCUAGCUCAUUUGUCUAUUCAGUUAACAGGAAAAAAAAAAACAGAAAUUUACUUAAUCUUUUGUAUGAUCUCAGGCCCAUAAGCACAGUCAGAACUUUUGUUAUGAUCACCUGGUUAUUUUUCUCUUGUAUAACGAAUUUUAUUUCCCAGUGGUUGAUCCAUUUAUCUGUUUUGUCUCUGUUUUGACGCAGGCGUCACAUAUGCACAUAUCUAUGGACUGUUUACAUUGUAGUUGUGUACUUACUGUGUUGCUACAUUGUUACCCUCGGUUAUGUUUGUUUGUCUUUGUUUUUUUUUAACUUUUGUAUAUGAUGUCAUAGGUUCAUAAGCUGUCACGAUACGUGAUCCAAUUUGUAUUUCUACAAGAAAUAAAUAUGAAUUCUUUUCAUCUUGGAUUCAUCAACG